CUUUGUUUCUUCUGCUGAUUGCAGAUUUUAGAUUACGGUAUUUCUGACAAUUUGUGUUUACAAUGUUUUAAUUUGAAUGUUUUUGUUUUAAAUAGUUAUUAGUGUUUUAUUUUUGACUUGCGUUAUGACAUUUCAAUAGAUUUUAAGUGAUGACUUUCUUAGAAAUUAGUUCGGUUUGGAUAAAUGAGCAUUGAAUGAAGAUGGGCCAGACAGGAAGCAACGUUUGUCAAACGCCUCGCUCGAACAAUGGUGGCGGCGGAACAAACAACCUGCCACCGCUGCUGUUCCAUCAGGUGCACGGUGACAACAUCCGCAUCAUCAGAGACGGCUUUGUCGCUCGGCGAGCGGAGAGCUUCUGCAAGGGAGUCACCUUCACUAAUCGACCUGUCAAAGUCGCCGAGAGAGUAUACAUCAAGUUCCUAGAAGUAUCAAGUAAUUGGAGUGGAGUAAUAAGACUUGGAUUCACAUGCAAUGAUCCCAUAACGCUUAGAAACGGCCUACCCAAGUAUGCUUGUCCAGAUCUAACGAAUAAGCCAGGCUACUGGGCAAAAGCGUUGGCUGAGAGGUUUUGUGCGCGAGACACAAUUUUAUUCUUCUAUGUGACGUCAGCGGGCGACGUGCACUUCGGCAUUGACGGAGAGGAGAAGGGUAUCUUCCUGAGUGGAGUCGACACCAGGAAUCAGCUGUGGGCGAUGAUCGACGUCUACGGAAACUCGACCGAGAUUGAGUUACUCGAUGCUAGACAACACCUUAACAACUCUAGAAGAAUAAUCACGAAUGGAACCACCGACUCGAGUCCAGAAGUGCUCGACCGCCGUCUCAUCACAUCGAUGCAGGCGCUGAACGUGAGCCACUGCUCGCCGCCCCCGAUGGAGGCGGAUCCGCCCCUUCCAGCCUCCGCGGUAGUGGAGCCGCCUCCGCAACAGCCGCCUCCCGCCGUCUCCCGCUUCACACAGCAACAGCAACACCACUACACGCCGCUCGUCUUCCAUCGGACGCGCGGACGUAACAUAAGACUGAGCAACGAUCGCUGUAUCGCCACGCGUAGCGAGACUGAGUUCUGUCAGGGCUAUGUGUUCACGGCGAGGCCUCUGCAGCUGGGGGAGAGGAUACUCAUUCAGGUGCUAGCAACAGAAACCGUGUUCCUGGGUGCGCUUGCUCUGGGACUGACCUCGUGUGACCCCGCCACAUUGACCGCCAGUGAUCUGCCCGACGACUCUGAUCUGCUAUUGGACCGCCCCGAGUACUGGGUGGUCAGCAAAGAUGUUGCUAACUACCCCCAGCGAGGCGACGAGCUCACAUUCUCAAUCACUCACAGUGGUGAGGUUCAGAUGAGUAAAAACGGAAGUGCCCCGGUUGUUUUGAUGCACGUCGACCAAUCACUGACUCUGUGGGCGUUCCUCGACGUAUAUGGAUCGACCAGCAAGAUUCGCAUCCUCGGAAGUUCAAUAAUUGAACCACCCAGAUCAGGUGUAGUCUCGCCGGUGCCAAGAGAGGAGCUACAUCCACAGCAGCAGCAUCAGCAGCCACCUCUGGUGGUGAGAAGUGGCAACUCGGCAGCCCUCGUCCGACAGGCCGGCCUCCGAGUGGCUCUGCCCGACUCGCGCCACCCCUCAGCCGCCCCCGGGCCACCGGCCCCCGAGGUGGUGCAGCUGGGAGGCGGCGUCGGAGGCGGCACUGUGCUAGUGGUCAACCUGCCGCCCCCACAGGCGCAUCAUCCGGCCCCCGAUGCAUCGGCCACUCUGCUAUCUACCUACAGUCACACCUACAUCGAGCCGGUGAGCGCGACGUCCUACACAACAGUGAGCGGCGACUCGACGCCGAACAUGCGCGAAUGGGCCGAGACAUCGGUGAGCGCCCCCUCGGGCAGCGAGUGUUCCAUCUGCUACGAGCGGGCCAUCGACUCUGUGCUCUACAUGUGCGGCCACAUGUGCAUGUGCUACGAAUGCGCCGUGCAACAGUGGCGGGGCAAGGGAGGUGGCCACUGCCCGCUCUGUCGCGCUGUCAUCCGUGACGUCAUCCGCACCUACAAGUCCUGAUAAGAGCCUGUGCCAAAGUCGACUUCGUGACGUCAUCCGCACCAACAAUUCAUCCUCUCUGUCUCGAUGUUAUCCGUGACGUCAUCCGCACCUACAAUUCAUCCUGUCUGUCUCGAUGUUAUUCGUGACGUUAUAAGUAAGUCCUGAUAAGAGAGAGUCGACUUCGUGACGUCACCCGCAUCUACAAUUCAUCCUCUCUGUCGCGCUGUUAUUCGUGACGUCAUAAGUAAAUCCUGAUAAGAGAGAGUCGACUUCGUGACGUCAUCCGCACCUACAAUUCAUCCUCUCUGUCGCGCUGUUAUUCGUGACGUCAUAAGCAAGUCCUGAGAGAGUCCAAGAGAGAGUCGACUUCGUGACGUCAUCCGCACCUACAAUUCAUCCUCUCUGUCGCGCUGUUAUUCGUGACGUCAUAAGCACCUAUAAAUCCUGAUAAGAGACUGUGCUAGAGUCGACUCCGUGACGUAAUUCGCAUCUACAAUUCAUCCUCUCUGUCACGCGGUCAUUCGUGACGUCAUUUGGACCUACAAGUCAUGAUAAAGAGUCUAUACUAAACUUGACUUAGAAAAUGUUAAUAAUACAAGUCCUCAUAGGAUCCUGUUCAACGACUACUAAACUCGACUUUGAAAAUAUUUUACAAGUCCUGAUAAGAGCUUUUCUGAAUAUUGCAAUGGAGAAAAGAUGGCACAAGAAGAUAUCCCAUAAACAGCUUUUAUGUUCCAAUUUUCAAUGUUAACUCAAGCCGAUAGUCCUAUCCGUUUUUUCUUUGUCUUUUCUUUUUCUUGAAGCCAUGUGAUGCUGGUAGGUUAUCAUGCUGGGACGUUCUUACAUUCUCACAUGGCAAAAUCAGUAAUAAUAGACAGUAGUCGACAGUAAUCGGCUUGAGUUAACAGAAAAUCGACAUGAAAUUUGGGACAUAAACGACAUUUACCAUGGAAUAUCCUCUUAAGCUCCCUUUUCUCUAUCAUAUUGUCCUACAAAAUUCAGAUCGAAGACUAUUUCCACUACAGUCUGUGCAAACCUUAGUUAGCAGCAUUUGUCUUAUGGAGUAGGCCUACAUCGCUUCCAGAUUUCACAGAAUCCAGAAAGCCUGUGAAAUAAUUGUGUGACGUAAGAGCGAAAAAGAUGUAAGGCCUUUUUGAUAGGAUCAGCAUAAAAACAGCAACCGUGUGUUCAAAUCGGUCUAUUUAAAUAACAUUGACCAUAAAGCUCCGUGCUACAAACUAAGGUUUGCUCGAACUAUAGUAAAACUUGACUUGAAAAAUAUUGAUAAUACAAUAAAGCUCCGUGCUACAAACUAAGGUUUGCUCGAACUAUAGAAAACUUGACUUGAAAAAUAUUGAUAAUACAAGUCCUGAUAGAGUCAUUUUGAAUAUUGUACGACAAACUUCAGAAAGACGACUAUUUACACUAGUUAAACUUGACUUAUUCCUUUGUUAUUCGCAUACUUUUCAGUGGUGCUAAGUAAAUAGUUUCUGACCAAUUGUAUGUUGUAAUCUAUAAUGUCAUGUAAACUAUGUUUCCUCCAAUAACCGUUUGCACACUAGAGUGGAGUUUACAUUAGUUUAGUUUACUUGAAUUCAAGUUUUCUAAACGUUUGAGUUGAAUGGACAAUUUUUAAAACUUGUCAAGUUUACUUGAAGUCAAGUUUUCAUAACUCCAAAGUAUAUAAUAAUAGAUUCAAAAAUCGAAUUAAUCUCAAAUUUUCUUCGGGAACAGUUUUUCUCAAUCUUCCGAUUUGUAGGUUGAAUAGCACCUUCAAGAUUCCAAGUCAAACUUGUUCAAAAUCUACAAAACUUGGAGAAGGGUCUAAAUUGGUAUAGUAUACUUGACUUCAAGGUUGCAAAAUACAUACAUUCUAUGCAUAACUUGAAUUGAAGUAAAAGUGACUAAUGUAAACCUCUUAGGUAAUGUAAACCUCUUUACCGAUUGUCGGCCGAAAUUUAUCGUCACAACACCCAGAAUGUCCUCCGAUUGGCCAAAAAGCUGAUUCUCAGCCAAUCGGAGGACCUUAAUUAAUGUCGGCUGAAAAUCGGUAAGUGUGAUACGGUCGUUUCCUGUAUAUUAUCUUAGCCAUGCUUUUGCUAGCCUAUUUGUUGUUAGAAUGAAAUGUGUUGAUGCUGUUUUGUUGAAGCCAUUGUUUUUCCUAUAAAAUCGGUCAGUUAGAUUAUUAUUGCCAAAGAUUGAUGGUUAAAGGUUGAUUCCAAACUGUUAUGUAAGUAAUAUGUAAAAAAACUCAAUUCUUUGAUAUAUAAUAGGGUAGAACAUUUCUUAUACUUUUGUAUUCCUGUAUAUGGAGCGGUGUAUUCGUAGACUAGUAAACUGUUUCAAUUCUCAAUGUAUUGUAAUGAAUUCGAAGCACAAGGUUCAAUCGCAGAUUUUCCGAGUAGUUUUUGAAAAGUUCCCACAGAACUGGAAUUGGUUAAUAUCAGAGAGAGAGAAAAACUGUAUCAUAUCUGAUCCAAAACUGUAAACCAAUUUUAAAACUUAUCAUAAAUGAAAUUAUUCUGUCUGAAUUUUAAUAUAAAAAUAUCUCAUCUAAUCAAUAAUAUAAUUUCUUAGUAGUUUCUGUCGCUCAUCUUAUUGAUUUUCAUACCAGUUGUUACAAACAGUUUUGUGAGUUCAAAUUCUAGAUUGAUUAUCUUAUUCUAGGCUGCAUUGCUCAAGCAUAUACAUAUUAUAUGGUUGUAUUGUAUACUGCAUUGUUACCAUCCAUGAUCCCAUAAUAAAACAGUAAAUACGUGUUUAGUAAUAUAUCUAUGAAAAAUUAUAUAGAUUUCAAAUGCUACAAGUCAUUGCUUCCUUUAAAAUUAAAACAAAUGAAAUAAUUCCAACCUGUGUUCUUGAUAUUUUCUUAUAUAUUUGAGCUUCCUUUAUUACAUUGCUAAAGAAUCUGUAAUUAUUAUUCGAAAACUAUUUAUGUAAUUUAUUGUUUUUUGUUGAGCAUCUAAUGUAUUUGUAAAUAAUAUUAAUGCUGGUGUAAUCUUUGAAAUUUUAUAACUGAUAUUUUGUACUCUUGCGCGGGAGGAGAUCUUUUAUAUUAUAGAACCGAUCUUUUAGAAUGAAACUUAGAUAAUAUCUUAUCGAAAGCUUGUUAAGUGGUAAUCUAGUCAGUACAUUUAAUUGAAUAUGUAUGUUGGGAAGUGCUGUGGCGAAAAUUAAAUUAAAACCACCUUUGAAAAUCUUGAACUUUUCUAUUGCAAAUAAUGAAAUCUAGUCACUGAAAGAGAUCAUUCAAAUUUAUUCUUCAAAAUCUAUUAAUCUAUCCAUUAAAUUCAUCCUUAUAGAAAAUAAAUCAAUAUAAUUUCAGCAUUGAACGUUUUGCUAUUGAUGAAAUUUGGAGGUUCAAGAAUAUUUAGCUACAGUACUUUCCUGGAUUUAUAGCAUGGUUCCGCUACAAAAAUGAAAAAAACAUUUAUAGUAGGCCUACUUUUAACUUUCCAUGAAUGGAGCAUUUAAUGAAUGGAUCGUGUAGAUAACUUGUAGAUCUUAAUGAGAAUGAUGGUGUGAUUUUAUACGAGUAAGUUGUCAUAAUAGCCAUCGCAAUGAAUUAUACACAAACUUUAUUUCUGAUUCCAAAUAUGUUGAAUGAACUUUUAAAAAUUUAAUGCAUUCCAAUGAAUAAAAUCCUGUGAAUCUUGUUCUAUUUAAAAUGAGCAUUCUACCUUCGCUUCAACAUAAUAUUAUUAAAGUGCAAUAGCUGAGUGUUUGUACUUUCUAUCCUUGUUACAAAAAAUGAACCUCUUUCAAUUUGUAUUUGUAAUCUUAAAUUUGUAUCGAUACUCCUAUUUUGUACUCAAAAACAAAUAUCACGUGUCAAAUACAGCAACAUUAUUAUAAAA